UGCUUACUGCUCUGUUUCUCUCACACGCGCACCUCUUUAUCUCCCUCCUCUGUCUCUGCAACUUUCUCCUACACUCCAACACCACACUCGAAUACUCAUUCUCGUGUCUCUCUGUCUCUUCCACAUAUAUUCACGCCCCAUUCUCUUCGUAACACUCACUUCCUCACCACACCCAAACAACAACGAUGCUCUUCCUCUUCCUCAUUUUCCUCCUCUCUGUUCCACCCGCCACCCUCUCUCUCAACCAGGAGGGCCUCUACCUCCAAAGCCUCAAGCACUCCCUGGACGACCCUGACGCCGCGCUCUCCACCUGGAAUGAGCGCGACAACACGCCCUGCAAUUGGGCCGGCGUUACCUGCGACGCUGCCUCCCACUCCGUCACUUCCCUCGACCUCUCCAGCACCAACCUCGCCGGCCCUUUCCCUACCCUCCUCUGCCGCCUCCUCAACCUCACUUCCGUUUCCUUUUCCAACAACUCCAUCAACUCCACUAUCCCUUCGGAACUCUCUACGUGUAGCAAUCUCCGGCACCUCGAUCUCGCCCAGAACCUCCUCACCGGUGCGCUCCCCAGCUCCUUAGCCGACCUCCCCAACCUAGUCUACCUAGACUUGACCGGCAACAAUUUCUCGGGAGCUAUCCCUGAUUCCUUCGGGCGGUUUCAGAAACUCGAGGUUCUCUCACUGGUUUACAAUCUCUUGGACGGGACAAUUCCGGCAUUUCUAGGAAACAUCUCUACCCUCAAGAUGCUUAACCUGUCUUACAAUCCGUUUGUUCCGGGUCCGAUUCCGCCGGAGCUCGGGAACUUGACGAAUCUCGAGAUAAUGUGGCUCACGGACUGUAACUUGGUGGGGGAGAUUCCUGACUCGCUGGGUGGGCUUAAGAAGCUCAGGGAUUUGGACCUGGCAGUGAACGAGUUGCACGGUCCGAUUCCGACGUCGCUCACCGGGUUGACCAGCGUCGUCCAGAUUGAGCUCUACAACAACUCGUUGUCCGGCGGUCUUCCGCCGGGGAUGUCCAACUUGACGGCAUUGCGACUGUUCGACGCGUCGAUGAACCAGCUCACCGGGCCCAUUCCGGACGAGUUGUGUCGGUUGCCGCUCGAAAGCCUCAAUCUUUACGAGAACCGGUUCGUGGGAAGCUUGCCUGAGAGUAUUGCCGACUCGCCGGGGCUAUACGAGCUCAGACUGUUCAGGAACCAACUCACCGGCGAGUUACCCAGAAAUCUCGGCAGACGGUCGCCUCUGCAAUGGCUCGACAUUUCGAACAACCAAUUUUCCGGUGAGCUGCCGGCUACUUUAUGUAAAAUGGGAGCGCUGGAAGAGCUUCUGGUGAUAUACAACCAGUUUUCGGGUCCAAUCCCGGAGAGUCUUGGCGAGUGCCAGAGUUUGACCCGUGUCAGAGUGGGUUACAAUCGAUUAUCCGGCGAAGUUCCGGCAGGCUUCUGGGGCCUCCCACAUGUGUAUUUGCUUGAACUCAUUGAAAACUCGUUUUCUGGUCAAAUCGCGAAGACAAUUGCCGGAGCAGCAAAUCUUUCGCUUUUAAUCGUGUCGAAGAACAAUUUUUCGGGUCCGAUACCGGAAGAGAUUGGAUGGUUGGAGAAUCUGGUUGGGUUUUCGGGAAACGAUAACAGUCUCAGUGGGUCAUUGCCAGAGAGCAUAGUGAACCUAGAGCUGCUUGGGAAUCUUGAUCUUCACAAUAAUCAACUUUCUGGCGAGCUUCCAAGCGGGAUUAAAUCUUGGAAGAAGCUCAACGAGCUGAAUCUAGCGAAUAACAAGUUUUCAGGGAAGAUACCGGAGGUGAUUGGGAGCUUGUCUGUUCUCAAUUACCUUGACCUUUCCAAGAAUCAAUUUUCCGGGAAAAUCCCUCCUGGGUUGCAGAAUUUGAAGCUCAAUCAGCUCAAUUUGUCGUACAAUCAGCUAUCGGGUGAGCUUCCACCGAUGUUUGCCAAGCAAAUGUAUGAGAAUAGCUUUCUGGGUAAUCCUGGUUUGUGUGGGGAUUUAGCGGGUUUGUGUAAUGGGAAAGGUGAAGCUAAGAGCAAGAGUUACAUUUGGUUGCUUCGGACAAUUUUUGUACUUGCCGCGCUAGUGUUUAUUGUUGGCGUGGUUUGGUUCUACGUGAAGUACAGGAACUUCAAGAAAGCGAAGAGAGCAAUUGACAAGUCAAAAUGGACGCUGAUGUCGUUUCAUAAACUGGGUUUUAGUGAACAUGAGAUCUUGGAUUGCCUUGACGAAGAUAAUUUGAUUGGCAGUGGAUCUUCCGGGAAGGUUUACAAGGUUGUGCUUGGCAAUGGCGAGGUUGUUGCAGUGAAGAGGCUUUGGGGUGGAGCGAAGAAAGAGUGUGAGAGUGGCGAUGUUGAGAAAGGUCAUGUUCGAGACAAUGUUUUUGAUGCAGAGGUUGAUACUUUGGGAAAGAUUAGGCACAAGAACAUCGUCAAGCUGUGGUGCUGUUGCACUACUCGGGACUGCAAGCUUUUGGUUUAUGAGUACAUGCCAAACGGUAGUUUGGGUGAUUUGCUGCAUAGCAGUAAAGCAGGGCUGUUGGAUUGGCCAACGAGGUAUAAGAUUGCUUUGGAUGCAGCUGAGGGGCUUUCUUAUUUGCAUCACGAUUGUGUCCCUUCAAUUGUUCAUAGAGAUGUGAAGUCGAACAACAUUUUGUUGGAUGGUGAUUUUGGAGCACGAGUGUCGGAUUUUGGUCUUGCUAAGGUUAUCGAUUCCACCGGAAAGGGACCUAAAUCCAUGUCGGUCAUCGCCGGGUCUUGUGGGUAUAUUGCACCAGAAUAUGCGUACACACUUAGAGUGAACGAGAAGAGCGACAUCUACAGUUUUGGUGUCGUUAUUCUUGAGCUGGUCACCGGGAGACUUCCGGUCGACCCCGAGUUUGGCGAGAAGGACUUGGUGAAGUGGGUCUGCACCACCUUGGAUCAGAAAGGUAUUGACCAUGUCAUUGACGCCAAGCUUGAUUCUUGUUACAAGGAAGAAGUCUGCAAGCUCCUCAACAUUGGCCUUCUCUGCACAAGCCCUCUCCCAAUCAAUCGCCCCGCCAUGAGACGGGUGGUGAAAUUGCUGCAAGAAGUGGGGCCGGAGACCCAGUCAAAGACGGCCAAGAAAGAAGGCAAGUUGUCCCCUUACUACUACGAAGAUGCCUCAGACCAUGGAAGUGUAGCUUAAGAACCUUUGUACAAGUUUUGUCGCCAUUGCAGAAAUAUAUCCUUAUAAGGGAAAGUUGUAUCUUUUUUUUUUUUUACUUGUUCUCAACCUAAAUUGCCAUAUUAUUAUAUAAUUGGAGGUAAUUUUCUUGAGAUGGAGUAAAAAAGAAGGGGAAGGGGACUUGGUUGUUAAGGAGUUGAUUUCUUUUCUUAAGUGUAAAGUGAUUAUCCAUGAUGGUUUCUCCAACCAAGAUGUAGAGGAAAAUGAUAUUUGCACUGUUUCUUGAUGGUGAUCUUCUUUUUGGCAUCACUCAGGUGAUUUUGAAAAUGUAAACGGGUGGCUUUAAUCA